UCGGCACAUCCGCAUGACAUUGAAGUCGAGGGUUUUAGCGCAUGCGGCGUACACCCGGUAGAAGGAAGUACUUUUGCGGUGAUUUUACUUUUUCUGUUUCAUUCUGGGUUUUAUUCAGAGAUAUAUACGUAUUAUCAAGCUGUUCUCUUGACCGACUCUUACAUAUUGGUCACCACACACACAAGCAGCGCCAACAACAUGCUGGCGCUCCACUGUAGCUGCGACCCAUUUGUUUCCAGGGGAGAAUAUUAGAGGCGGACUCGCAAACAUUUGAAACGUGUUUCGCCUCGCCUCACCUGGCUGAGGAAUCUGUAGUAGCAUGCCCUGUUAGCUUUAAUCUACGUGGACGCUACGGGAAUGAGUCCAGGAAAUGUGAUAGGACCUGGGUGUAGCGAGAGAGCUGAAACUCGGGAGGUCUUGUUGCCUGCUGUGUCAUCCACCAGUUGCAGAGCACCAUUCACAGAGGAGAUAUGAAAUUACUAUUUCUAGCCUGCCUCAGCCCCAAAACAGGGAACUAUACCACAGCCGAGAGAAUAAGGUCUCACAUUGAAUCAGCCGGACACACCUGUGAGCUCAGAGAUGUGGCAGAUUUUCAGUCUCCCUCUGACGUGGCACAUCUACUAUCCCAAAAUCCUCCUUUUGAGGCCGCGCUGGCCAUUCAUCUUUUCAAAGCUGGCAGACUUCUCCUGGACAUUCGUUUACCCUUUGGAGUCAUUUUUGGCGGAACAGACAUAAAUGAAGAUGUGAAAGAUGAGCAGAAGCGUGCGGUUAUGGAGCAGGUGCUGCUGAAAGCCAGGUUUGCUGUUGCUUUCACUGAAAAACUAAAAGAAGAAGCAGAAUUUGUUUUGGUGUCACCCAGCAGUAAAAUCUAUGUCCAGCCCCAAGGCAUCCAGACAGAAGUGGCUGAAAAGUUCUGCUGGACUGAAUUCUUGAGGAGCUCAGGUGUGAGGACGGAGUGUGUUGAUGAGCUGUGUGUCUUCCUGUUGGUCUGUGGCCUCAGAAGAGUCAAGGACCCUCUCUAUUUGGCAGAAGUUUUUUCAGAGUGGCAUUCUGAGAACCUUCUCAAUAUAUUGAUCAUAAUCGGGCCGAAGGUUGAUCCUGCACUCACUGCUGAAGUGGAAACAGUUGUUAAGCGGGCCACGGGGGUCUUCUUGGCACAGGAGAGGAGCCAACAGGAGCUGCACGCUGCCAUCAAAAGGUGCUUUGCUGUAGUCAACAGCUCUGUGUCAGAGGGCAUGUCAGCAGCCAUCUUGGAGGCCAUGGAUCUCAGAGUACCUGUGCUGGCCAGGAAUAUUCCAGGAAAUGCUGCUGUGGUGAAGCAUGGCGUCACUGGGCUGCUGUUCUCUUCUCCUCAGGAAUUUGUGCACCAGUCUCAGAGGCUGCUGUCAGAUCACGAGCUGCGAGAGAGAGUGGUAAGAAAUGGAAAACUCUACGUGGAAGAACAUCACAGUGUCAAACUGGAACGGGAAACAUAUCAGAGACUGGUGGACACGCUGCACAAGGCCUAAUUUUCAGCCUCACUGUAUACUUUCUCAGGAACUUCAGCAGCAGGGAAGAUGACAAUACAAACUAGAAAAAAUAAACUAGCAAGAAUGUUUACAGAAGCCUUUAUGUUAAAUAUUUGAUAUAUAUAUAUAUAUAUAUAUAUAUAUAUAUAUAUAUAUAUAUAUAUAUAUAUAUAUAUAUAUAAUCUCCUUUGUACUGAUUUAAGAUUUUAAGUCUUCUAUUUAUUUAAAUAAAACUGUGUUUUAUCAGGACAGCCUCACUGUAAAUUAUGUACCAGUGAACCAAAGAUGUUUUUGAUUGUCAUAAUAUAUAUUAAUAUAUAUGAUGCCUCUGGAACUUCUGGUAAACUGUCAUGGAUAUAAAAAUAUAAAUGUAGAGUAAGUAGACUCUGUGAAACCAUUUUACAUAAAGCGAACAAUAAAAAGAAUUGUAAAUGAAAAAUACAAGAAAAUGUGUUUCUUUUUUUUCUAAUUGGUUAGUGAUCUGAAAAUGAUUGAUACUUGAAUUGUUUCUCAUUCUGGUGAGACAAAAAGUUAUGGUGACUAACUCAUUCAUUUUUAAUCAAGUGCAGCAAAUUAAAUUGAACAGAUUCAAGAACCCAGCAAAAUCUCAAUUGUUUUAAAGGGCAGAGGCGAACGAGGUCCUUCCAAUUUACUGUACACAGUCUGCUUUUGGCAACGCCUUAACGCCAGGUUGGAUAGAAAGACUAAAAUGAAACACUGAAAUUAAAGAGGUUUACCUUUACACUAUACCAUAUGGAAUGCAGUGGCUCUCAAAAGAGUACAUGCACCUGUUAAAAUUCUCUGUUUUUAUGAUGUAGUUUUCUUUUUCUUUAAUUCAAGUGAAAAAUGUUUUGGAGGAAAAGUAGAAAAUGCAAAGCUGCACAAAUCGGGCUGCAAAUGUUUCUACACUCUCAAAUGAAUACUUUGCUGAAACACCCUGUGCCACAAUUUUAAAAAUGUAAUCUUGAAUUUAGACCUCCUUCCACUUCUAGUGGAUUUUAUAAACCUGAAAUAAAGAUCCACAUAUCCAGUAAGGUUUUCCUGACCUGUGCUUAUUUGCAGGUUAGGAGCAGGGUAAUAAAACUUCAAAAGCCACCUCGUUGUAUAUACACUAUGGGCCAGGAAAGGACAUUAUAGAAAAUAUGGGACAACAGAAACAAUAUAAAAAUGUAAGUUUCUUCCGAGUUGAUAAAAAGACAAGACAGAAAUUGGUCAAGGAAGCUUAGAAGAUGCCGACAGCAACUCUGAAGAAGCUUCUGAUUUAUGCUGGUUUGAGACAGGAACACCACUGCACAUCACUAAAAGAAUACCCUACCACAGGAAGCUAUGGGGUUGACAUGCUUUGGGGUUACUUUUUUUUUCAGAUGGAUUUAGUCCAGGUGACAGAAAUUAU